AGGUACAAAUAAGAGCAAUUUUAAAAUUCAUGAGAAAAAGAAAGACCAUCAAACUGUUGUUUUAAAGUCCUCAACCCAGUGCAAGUCCGGUGAAGGUCAGGGGUCGGAUACUUUUAGUGGUCCUCAUCUGACUAAUCCGGUGAAGAAUUAAAAUAAAAUUAGAAAAUGAUUUAACUGGGGUUAAAGAGGUAAAAGAUUGGUCACAAGACACAAUGGCUUCGAAGUCACCGGAGACAGACAUACCAGUAGAGCGAAUAAUAACACAAUAUCCCAUAUGUAGAGAUAUUAUUAAGAAAUUAUCAAAAAAGUGGGAAAAAAGGACCAAAAAGUUAAAAACAAAAUGGCCAGCAGAGGGAACAUUUGAUGUAGCAAUGUGUAGAGAAAUGAAAGCAUUAAUAAAGAACCAUAAACCACAUGACAAAACUAAGAAAAGAGAACAAAAGAGACAAAAAGAGCAGGAGGUUUUAGAUCUCUUCAUACAGCAAGCAAUAAAAGAUCACAAGAAGAAACAAAUGGAAGAACAGAAAAAGAAAAUGGAAGAAAAGGUGGAGCGCCCACCUCCCUAUGCAGCUCCCUACCAGGAAAUAAAAAAGCAAAUUGCUAUGGUAAGAGGUACACUAGAGGUGGAUGGACAUUUGAGUAUUGAUGAAACUGAUGAAGAGGAUGAUGAAGAACAACAGCAAAUAAGAGAGAGAGAAGAGGAGUACGCCCACCGAGAAGAUAAUGGGCAAGGAAGUCAUCAAGAGAACAAUGGACAGGAAAAAACUAAUAAACCUACACCAAUGAAGAAAAGGCUAACAGCGAAUACAAGGAAACAACAACAACAACAAGAACAAAGUGAAGAAGAACAAAGGAACCCACUGAUGGACUGCUCCUAUGUAAAACAAAAAAGACAAGAAGAAGAGCGAAAAGGAGGAGGAAAAAGAAAUCCAUUAUUGAGCAAUCCCUAUUUCUAUAUGGGAGAAGCCAUACAGGAACUAAACAGAGCUGGAAGAGAUGGUGACAAUGAACCCAUGACACUAGAACAGGGAGAAAGUGGCAGUGUGGAAACAUUGGAUCAUGAGCUGAACAAGCUUCAGGAAGCGGUUGAAGAGCUAAGUCUGGAAAAACAACAAAGACACCUGAGUAGAAGGGCUCGAAACCUGAGAAGGAGCCUUGAGGAAGAUGAGGAUGAACAUUGGCAAAGAAGAAGAGCACGUUCAGUCAGCCCUUUGGGAAGACACAGAAGAAAUAGCUCACAGGAGGAAUACAGAAGGGUCUCAGGAACUCUUCGACUUGAGAGAAUACCUCCAGAAGAUCCAAUGUGGAGAAACAGGGGAGAGAGGCAACUCAUAUCCCCCGCAGAAUCCAUGCCAUUCCUAACACCACACCCGAUAGGAAGCUUGGCAGAGGAGUGGGGUAAUCUAAACCCCUUUCAAACACAAGGAAGAUACUCUCCAGGAGGAUACAACUCAAUGCUGCAACCGGGGGUCCCACAUGACUUGACGACCUCCGUACCCCAGGCACCUAUGCUACAAAAGAAGAACAAGCAACUCCCCAUUCUGAUUAAGGGGGAACAAGCGCAAUACGUGCCCUGGGCGGGACAAGACUUGGAAGGACUUAUAGCUCGCCUACCAGACAUACAUGAAGGAGCUGGAAAAUGGAUUCGACUAUUGGAAGCAGAAACAAUGGGAAAGAUACUGGCCAUUGGAGACAUCAAGGCCCUAUUGGCAAAGAGUGUGGGAGGAGCCAAGACCAAUGAGAUCCUUGAGGAUGCAGGUUUGAAGUCUGCAGUUGGAGGAACAAGGAAGGAUGCCACCACCUUUGAUCAGUACCGAUCCAUGAUAUGGAGAGUACUGAGGAAACACUAUCCGACACAAAUGGAUCCCAAGCUACUGAAAGGAGAACAGCUGGGAGAAAUGGAGAACCCUACGUCCUAUAUCCAGAAACAAUUAAGAAGAUGGAAAGAAGAACUGGAAAAGGAUCCAGAAGGAGACAUAGUGAUGACAACACUUUCAGAACUGCCAUAGUGGA